ACCCGCUGUGUGUUCCUGCGUCCGUUGCAAGGCCCCUCUGCCGGUGCUCGUCGGCUGGGCGCGAGGCGGAGCUGAGGAGAGUUGGCGCGUGCCGGCAACGUGCCGGGGCUUGAGGCGGCGACGGGGAGAUGGAGCCCGACAGCGCGCAGACACCAAAUCAGAUGCAAACAGAAUCUUUAUAUUCAUGUCCCAACACUGCGUCUCCAGUGCCAUUAAAUAGUCUGACCAGUACUCCAAGGUUUGGAACAGUUACUCCAAAUCGCGUCUUUGUAGGAGGAAUUGAUUUUAAGACUAAUGAAAACGAUCUGAAGAAGUUUUUUGCUCAGUAUGGCAGUGUGAAAGAAGUGAAGAUAGUAAAUGACAGAGCUGGAGUAUCAAAGGGGUAUGGCUUCAUUACUUUUGAAACUCAAGAAGAUGCACAGAAGAUUUUACAAGAGGCUAAAAAACUUAAUUAUAGGGAUAAGAAAUUGAAUAUUGGUCCAGCAAUCAGAAAACAACAAAUACGGAAUCCUCGUUCUACUGUAAUACCAGAAGCUGCUACAAUGUACUUAACUACAUCAAGUGGAUAUCCCUACAUAUACCAUAAUGGAGUGGCUUAUUUUCAUACAUCUGAAGUUGCUUCUGUUCAGCAGCCAUGGCCAUCGCGCUCUGUUUCCAGUUCACCUGUGAUGGUGGCUCAACCCGUUUAUCAGUCUCCUACAUACCAGUAUCAGGCACCAGCCACCUGUGUUCCAAGUCAGUGGCAGUGGCCUGUUCCACAGUCUGCUGUCUCUUCACCUUCAUUCUUGUAUGUGCAACCAUCUGAAGUCAUUUAUCAGCCGAUAGGGAUUACCCAGGAAAGUGGAUGUGUACCUCCACCUCUCCUUGUAGAAGCUGCAGCUCCAGAGGUGUAUUCUGAUCACGGAGUUCAAGCGUCACAUCACCAGCCUAUUGUUCAGAAUGCUAUAGCCAUGCCUGCGCCUGGCCAGGGCUAUACGAGCAAGAUAGCAUGAAGUAAGUUACAAGACACUAUGGAGCAUUCAGUAUUAAGCCAUUUGGGCAGCUCUCGUCUGCCUGCACUGAUUUUUCUUGUCCUGUCCUUCCUAUGUGGCUGAGAUCCAUCAUCACCAUAGCAGCUCGCAGCUGCCUGCUGUGGAACUUGCGGAACUGAAGCUGCAUUCUGUGAGAAGAAAUUUUUCACAUCAUUCCUCUGAGUCUGAAACCUCAAUGCACAUGAAGUCCCCAUUUCAUCCUAGACACGAUUACAGAAUGGAAGAUAAAAUUCUCAUACCACCUUCUACAGACUGUAAACCAAAUUUUAUUUUCUUUUAGCUAUCUACUACCUAUCACACGGAGCAGAUAUUCUUCCUAACUCCUAACGUUUGCCUGAAAGUGCCAAAGUUAAAUAGUACUCCUUUUUGUAAAGUAAUCAAAUGAAAUAUUGUAGUUUGGACAGGUAAAAACAUGUGAAACCAUAAUUUUUAUCCUGCAUUUCCUUUCUUAGUAAAAAUACUGUUACAGGACAAAAUGGGGAUUUCUGAUACACAGCCUACUGUAUAAACUUUGUUUACUAACAUAGAUUGAAAAUCAGCAUAUUUUUUAUUAAAAGGGAAAGUUAACAUUUAAUUUCUGGAUUACAUGAACUUUAAAGAUACGUUAGUUACAUAGUAAAUGCCAUUUUCCCACAUACUGACAGCAUUUAUGUGCUGCUGAUUGAAGUCUGGUUAUUUAAAUCUGUGCAUUUUAAUUCCAAAAGAGUUUGCCUACUUUUUUUUUUUUUUAACAAUUGGUAUUCUUCACUUUUUUAAGGUGUAUAACUUAUGUAUCAUUUUAGUACUUGAGAAUAAUAACUUUUUAUGAUAAAUUUGGAUGUCUAGUUUAUUCUCAUAUGAAGCUGACAUGUUUCUUGUGUAUGAUAAGCAAUAAAUUUGGAUUUAUGGUAUGUUUUUAGAUGUAGAAAAAGGCAAGAUUUAACUUAUUGCUAUUACAACACCGUUGAAAACUUCUCCUUGCUUCUUUUACUUUUUUCUGUUGUCUGUGCCCAACUUAGGUACUCCCUGGCAGUAUCACAAGUUGAGAUUAAAUACUGCUUCCUCUUCAGCUGCAGGGAGAUAGCUUUCUCUUUUUUGACUUGCUUCUCCUCUCACCCACUAGAAUUGCAUCUGUUUUAUAAAAGGCUGAUUCCUCAAAGAUUAAAAUACAGCCUCUAUUUAAUAGGAGUGCAGGCUAUAGCUUAUCACUUCUGUAACACUGAGGUCUUUAUGUAAAUAUCCUUCAGCUUUUCAAUUUUAUCUACUCUAUAGUAAUAUGGGAGUUAUCUUUUUGUGGGGCUUUUUUUUGCUUGAGCUUUUUUAAUUAUUUAGGCAUCUUAUAGAGUGGGCACUGCAGUCAGUAAAUAUCUGUGUAUAAUAUGUAAAUAUAUUUAAAGAUUUAUAGCAGUUACUAGCAUUUUUUCAUAUUGUGCAGGAAGAGAGGUGGACUCCAGUUCUGUUCUUAUGCUGUUUGCAAAUUGUUGUGAAAGGAGAUGCCAUGUACCAUGACUUGGUUGCAAGUUUCUUCAAGUGACUUUCUGCCUUUUGUUAGGUAGAAAAAUCUGCACAAAUAUAACUUAAUAGCUUCUAUUUUAAAAUACUUGUUACUAUAGCAGCUGUGGGGGGUUGUUUUACCAAUUCAUAUAAAAAAAAGAUACACAGUUUAUUGGAUACAUGGGGAUUUCAGCCCAUUCUUGAGGGGGGAAAUAAUCAUCUGCUGUAGAUUGUUGUGUUUCUGAGCCAUUCUGUACAACUAAAAACACCUGUCCAGUUGUUCUUCCAUUCGAUACGCAGAUUUUAGAAUUCAUCAACAUAAAUAUAUUACAGGCAUCUUGGCACAUUAUGACAGUAAUAGAUUUCCAUGGAGAAAUUUUUAUAUAGUCAAUUAUUAUAUUUUUUUAACGAGGUGAUGUCUCUGAAGGUGCAAAAGAAUGGUUCUUAGAGCCUUAUUUAUUGUAUCAUGAAACAAAUGCGCAUUGACCCAGAGUUCAUAAUACUUAAUCCCAGGUCCUUGCAGGAAACUCCUUUCAGCUGAGGAACUAGCUUGCAAGUUUACAAAUAUUGUGCAGUCACAUGCUAUCAGAUUGUGGCUCUAGUCCAGAUACUCACAGAAUGUAGUUUAUUUCCAUUAAUUGCUGCAGAUGUUAAAUUGUUGAUAAUGAGUUGAUCCCAUGGCCCUUGUUUCAGAGAACAUUUACUUUGGUUUUACUUGCAUAUGCACUUGAUCAUUUGGGAAGGAUACUCAGUGUUAGGCACAUAACUGUACCUGCAGCAUUCUGCUGUGGGUCCUGUAACAUCGCUGUGGAGGUACUGUUGGAUUUGUAUCACCAGGUCUUAACAAUGCUUCAUGUUGACUUGAGAAACCUAUAAGACACCAAGAUGAUGCUCUUCAUGGUGGCUUUCCUCCAGGAGCCAUAGGUCACUGUAGAAAUACUGAGAGCUCUCUGUUGAUAUUGUAGCUUAUUUUUCUUCAGAAUGCUCGCCAAGAAUGAUGGCAUAACAUCAAACCAGUCAUAACUGAACCUUUACGUUUCCAGUGGUUGCGUUUUUCUGCCGACGAAAUUGAGGCACAAUAACUGACUUCUGGAAUUCCAUUAUAGGGACACACAAAUGGUAUAUGGUGUGAGAGAACUACAUUGUUUCCUCAGGUAGAGCCUACAGUUGCAUUAUCUUGAUGUUCUAGCAUUCAUGGCUUUUUUAAUUCUCUUCAACUACACAGUUUUAUUCUACUGACACUGAAAAUUUCCGUAAUGUGGGAGAUUCUCGUCUUAUAUGCAAGUCAUUUAGUUAACUGCAGCUGCUAAGUGCCCGGUCCCUCGCCAUUUUUUUGGGGGCUGGCGAAGGGUAACAUUCUCUUGGGUCUUCUGCAUUUUCCUGUUGAUAGUUACAAGGCUUUACACUUGCACAUCAGAUUAGAACUGUGCCCUAUGGGCAUUCAGUAACUAACAGCAAAUAACUGUCUUUGUGCACUACUUGUUACAUUCAUGCGUUAGCAAACUAGAUCAGUUUUCUGGCUUUCACCCCUUAGAAUUUAGAGACCUGGCUAGUAUUGUUAUCUACAGAACUAGUUGUUACAGUAUUUCUACCAACCGUUGUCUAUUUCAUGUUAUGUUUAUAUGGCAAAAUGCUAAUGCUAACAUUGUCUAUAAGAUAAUUCUGAAUAAAAACCUGUAGGCAGAAAAGUUCCUGAAGUUACCUCUCUCCUCUAUUUUGUUUGAUCGAGGACUAUUUUUCAUGCAUUAAGUAGAAUUCUCUAGUUCACUAAUAUCUUUGGUUCCUGCUGCUUCUAGUGUAAGCAUCAGAAGUGCAUUCAUCGUCCUUGAAAAUCUAUUUACUUUUUUAAUUGGGAAUUCUUUGUAUUGUGAAAUUAAUUUUAAAAAUAGCUGAUACUAAGUAAAUGGCUAAACUGCAUUCUAGCAGUAACUGAGCAGAAAGUAGUAGAACACAUGGCUCCCUUGAAUCGUUUUUCUCUGUUUAACAUAGUUCUGAAGUGUAGGCUUGUAAAUAGUUUUUUAUAGCAAAAGUCACUGUAAAAUAGGUUUGUAAUGUUGGAAGUACUACAGUAGUUUUGAUUCACCUGUAUAAAAGUUUCUUCUGUUUCCUAUUUAAGUAAAAAACAUACACAUUCUAAAUCAAUAUUUUAAGAAUCAAAAAUACAAUGCUAGUGUGUUGAUACAUGUGUGUGAUCCUAUAUGUAAUCCUUGUACACUGUUAUGCAGAAAAUCCAAAUAGCUAUAUAGAAAGCAGAACAGUAAUGCUUUUAACAAUAUUUAAUAAUGUAGCCAAGAUGUAAUGGGAAACUGUAGGUCUUAUAAGGCCUUCUUUGACUUUUGGGUCACAAACAAUUUAAAGAAGUAUUGAAACUAAUUUUAAGGGCCCGAUACGAUCAUAUUGUACCUCUGUCAGUGGUGCUGUAGUCUACAUAAAGUGUGUAUAUUAAAGGCAAACUGAAUGCUGUCCAUAAUACUUCCAGUUGUUUUUAAUUGGAUAAACCAGAACAUCCAAUUUCAUUCUCAAAUGUGUGACUUUUAGUUGAUCAUAUGCCUGGGUUAUUUGAAACUAUGUGGCAGAUGCAGAUGAUCUAGCUACUGCAGCUUUGGUAAGCGAGAUACUGUUGAUAUGUAAAAUAAUAAAUUUAAGAGAACUGUUAGUAAUCUUAAAUCUAAAGCUCUUUAUGUUGAUGAUACUUGUAAUAUAGCAAUAAUAAACAAGUUUUUGAAGUUUAACUUCUAGUAAAGUUGUGGGUUGGUAACUAAAAGUUUUAAUUCACAUUGGUCAGUGUUUACCGUUUGGAUUGUAACUUUUGCUUAAUGGUAGUAUUGAUGAGUAUGGGUUUAGAAAAAUAUGGAAAAAUGACAUUGAACUUUUAUCAUUAAACUGUGCUUAUGCAGUCA